GCAGGGAUGUUGCGUCUCUCUGCGAGUCUGUGAGUGGGGAAGCUCGGCCCGCGCAGGGCAGGGACUAGGGGUGGUGGUUACGCUCUGCCCCUUCCCCUCUACCGGCGCUGGCCGGGCCGAAAACCCGACCUGCCAAGCCCCGUGUCGUCAACUUUCACGACCCAGUGGAUGAAGGAGGCGACAGAAGAUGCCCAUGUUAUUGGAAGAACUAAUAAAGUCCUGUGUAUCUUUUGUUCAUCUCCCCCAGUGAUGACAUCUUGUAGAACUGCAGUACAGUGUCACAACCAGGACAAGUGCUCAAGAGUCUGAUUGCUGGGUUUAUGUUUCCACAGGAUAUACUUGAUUUGCUGAAGAUAUAACUCAGUGGUAGAGCAAAAGUGAGCCCCUAUGCUAAUUCCUAUUACUGGGAGGAACAAAAAGUCAAAGAUAAGAAAAGAUCAAAUGAUGCUAUUUGGAAAAAUUUCCCAGCAGCUGUGCUGCUUAAAGAAACUCCCAUGGUUGUGUGAUUCCAGAUUCUUCUGGGGAUGGCUGAAUACAGUGUUUAAUAAAGUGGAUUAUGAGCGCAUCAAAGAUGUUGGUCCUGAUAGAGCAGCAUCCGAGUGGCUACUGCGCUGUGGGGCCACAGUACGCUACCAUGGCCAGGAGAGGUGGCAGAAAGACUAUAAUAGCCUCCCAACAGGCUCUCUGGACAAAUACAAGAUUCAAGCAAUAGAUGCUACUGACUCGUGUAUCAUGGGCAUUGGAAUUGAUCACAUGGAGGGCCUAGAGCAUGUUGAAAAAAUAAAACUAUGCAGGUGCUAUUAUAUUGAAGAUAACUGUUUGCAGAGGCUUAGUCAACUUGAAAAACUACAGAAAAGCCUAUUGGAACUGGAAAUAAUUUCUUGUGGGAAUGUCACAACUAAGGGCCUCAUUGCUUUGCGUCAUUUUAGAAAUCUCAGGUAUUUGUUCUUAAGCGAUCUUCCUGGAGUAAAAGAAACAGAAAAUCUUGUCCAAGUCCUUAAGACAUCACUGCCUUCUCUGGAACUAAAAUUGCACUUGAAGUAAAAUAAUAAUAAUCAACAAGUGUUUCAUUUCAGUAUAAAUGAUCAUUUGAAAUUAUUGAUUCUAAAUAAAUAGUAACAAAUAUUACAUGAUCAUCAGUAGAACUGCAAAGAUGUCACAUAACAUAUUAGAAGUAGAGACUGUACAGUAUUAAAAAAAUAUGGAAAAGUGACUAAAUUAUUUGGUUGGAAGUGAGAAAUAAUGUACAUUAAGCCAUUUUAAUAAAAGUGUAAAAUAAGUAA